UGAACCCGAAGGAUCUACUACGGUACCUGUCUAAGCCUGCCAAGUAGGUUGUCUCCAUCUUCUGAAUCUCUUCCAUUCACUUGGUCUCUGGUGGGUCAAAAGUUUCUGUCAUGGCUAACAGAUCGCGAGUAGGCCCCGAUAACACGCCUGAACCCCACCUUUUUUCUCCAGUCGCGCAAACCUCACUUUUUCCUCUCCCACAUUUAAAAAAGCAGAUACUCUCGUCUGCUAGACCCGAUACUUUCGCCGGUAUCGGUAUCUUCCAGCACGAGGGUCACGACGAUAUAGUCACCAUUCCCUUUUCCAGAGGCUUUUUCCUCCUUUCCCUCUCGUUCCGCCCUCCCUAGCAGCCCUUCAGGCUUCUACCGAAUCUACCCCUCUUUGGCUG